GUGCUGCAACCGCAGAGCCGCAAUCCUGGCGCCUGAUGUGCCCCUCAUCAGCGCGCACGAACAUCCCCACACUUCGCAAUAAUGAGUUCAGAUUCGACAACGCGUGUGGUGCCUCCUGGUCGUCGACGAGACAAGCCCAUUGUCAGUUGCACACUUUGUCGACGCAGGAAGCUGAAGUGCGAUCGUCAAAGUCCUUGCAAAACAUGCGUCGACCGAGGUCUUGCCUUAUCAUGCACGUACGUGCGAAGCGCACCAACGGUCCAAGAGCCAAAAGUACCUCACAGUGUGCACGAUCGCAUUGACCAACUGGAGAAGCUUGUGACGUCGCUCAUGGGCAGCAAAGAAGUCAACCAUGGAACUCCGACUACACCUGCUAUGCCACAUCUUCAGCACUUCGACGAAGAUGCCGAAAUACCAAACAUGCCAGACCGUGUACGCUUCACCGGUGACACAACGAGCUACACGAAUAGUGCGCAUUGGGCUAGCAUCUUGGACGGGAUAUCAGAGCUUCGCGAACAUCUCGAUGAGAUACCCUCUACAGCCCACGCACGAGAUGACACCUCCACAGAAGUGCCGGGUCCGGAAAUCUUGUUUGGUCGCCAAAGGCACGCGUCGAAACAGGAGCUGCUCGCGGCAUUACCUCCAAGAACAGAAGCCGAUCAGCUCAUCUCCACAUUUUUCGCAUCCAUGGAAACAUCGCCAAACCUGGUGCACAAGCCGACGUUCUUGAAAGAAUAUGAGAAGUUCUGGAAUCAACCCUUCGAAACGCCGGUCAUGUGGCUCGGGCUAUUCUUCUCCAUCCUCGCUCUAGGUGCACAAUUCCAGUCAGGCCUUGAAGAUCACGGGGCUGUAUUGUCAGGAGGAGCCACGCUCUCACUGUUCACUGCGCGCAUCGACUUCUACCGUGAGAAGCUCGUUCAGUGUCUUAUCCUUGCGAAUUACGCAAAAUGUCCUCCAUACACCGUGGAAACUCUCAUCAUGUACUUUGGCAACGAGUACCUACGCUCGGUGGACUCACAGUUCAGCAUGUCCAUUCUUGUCGGUAUUGUUGUCCGGAUCGCGUUCCGCAUGGGCUAUCACAGGGAGCCGUCGCGUUUUCCAGACAUCCCACCAUUCAGAGCAGAGAUGAGGCGCAGGACGUGGCUGCUGGUCAUGUCACUGGACCUCGCUACUUCAUCUCAAGUCGGCUUACCUAGAAUCAUUCAGCCGUUCAUGUGCGACACGCGAGAGCCGAGUAAUUUGCUUGAGGAAGACCUCCAUGAAGACAUCCUCGAAUUGCCUCCUCCCCGACCGGAGACUGAGCUGACGUCGUCUCUGUACACAGUGGUUCUGACCCGUGUGCGGCUUGCGCAUGCACGAGUCAUGGACCUGAUGAACUCGACGUCACAACCUCCAUAUCGCGAAGUCAUGGAGCUAGAUGCCAUGUUCAGAGAGGUCUACGCACAGCUGCCAGAUUGCGCUAAAUCGAUACCAGGAGAAGACUUCGACGAAACGCUCUCGCCGGCUUCAAUGCGGCGAUGCUAUCUCGGAUUAUCGUUCCUGAAGAGCGAGCUACAGUUGCAUCGUCCAUACUUGCUACUCGGUCGCACCGAUCCCAGCUACGACUACUCGAGACGAGUAUGUCUGAACGCCGCAACUGAGAUGUUGGGAUUCCAAAAAAGAGUCGAGAGUGAAAUGCGACCAGGCGGAAAGUUGUGGUCUCCAGCAAUGCAAAGCUUCACUCUCAGCUGGUACAUGUCCUCGAUUGUGGCCCAUGACUUCCUUCUCGCAACGACGGUUCUCGUCCUUGACCUGGACGCUGAUCUCACCUCACCCAUACCACACAUGCCUUCCACUCCUUCUAGCUCUGUUCAACUCGACCACGCGCCGCCAACACGCUCCGACAUCAUCGAGGCGCUACAAAACGCACACGCAAUAUGGAUGAAGGCAAGCCAAAGAUCGCACGAGGCACGGAAGGUGGCAGCUGCAGUCAGGUUGGUGCUCAAUAGGGCGACGUCGAGCACGAGCGCUCCACAAAGCCAAACAUGGAGAAACAUGGCGCCGGAGCAGGCUUUGACCACGUCCCCAGCGUCAUCGUUUGAUUUCAACGAUUUCACCGCCGAAGCUACGGAUCCUAACUACCAGUUCACUCGUGACUACGCAAAUCCGUUCCUCAUGCCCGACAUUCCCAUGGACUUGGAUGCUUUUACACAGAGUUUCUGGGGUGGAUUUCCAUCGGAUCUCCAACCAGCGCAGGGCCAACACCCUCCGUUCUAAGGGGCCACAGAAAGGUUAGCUAGUCUGAACAUGAAAUGCAACUGACCACGAGCCUUGCGUCCCCUUCGUUGAAGCGCCCUAAACUGCACGCUUCCAGUCACUGCAUACAGGAAAGCUGCCAUCGAACGCACAAUGGCCACGCAAAGGAGGAGUUGGAGAGGCGUUGAUUGGUCUUUUGCGGACUAUACCCCAAAGCAGAUGCAUCCUGGCUGUCUCAACUGAAUGCACAG